CGAGCUACUGAAUAUACACUCAAACUUCUCCCCGCGAGCCAGUAGCCAUACUAAACCUCAACUGUGCUUCGCUUCACAUAGGUGCAUAGGUUUACCAUUGACUCUCGCAAAAUGCGACCGACCCUACGAGCUCUUGCCAGCUACCUGGAGCCUGGAACUCCCACCGGACUCACGGGACUAUGGACUCAUAAGACACCCCGGUCGACACUGUUAUACCUGUAUAGCACAACGCUGAACAGGCUGCAAUCCAUACCCGAAACAUCCCUAUAUCGCCAAUCUGUCGAAGCGACAACUAAGCAUCGGAUGAGCCUAGUGGAAAAGUUCACUCCUCCCGGAUACGAAGAGUGGGCUGCGAAGGCCAAGGAGCUCAUGCGAAAGAACCCCCAUCAAUUUGAGGAUGCGAGCGAUCGAAUUGACGGCAGUGGAGCCAGGACUUUCAAGUUUGGCAAUCGCAUUUUCGUUGUCGGAAAUGAACACGAGGCUGGAGAUGUUCGGCUAGAAGAGUGGAAUGGCGAGAGCGAAUUGGGCAGAAAUGACGAGAUCAUCGAGCCCGCUGUAGAGCACUUCAAUGACGAAAAGCUUGAGUGGGAAGACGAGCCCCAGCUUACGGCUGACCAGGUCAAAGAGCUUGAGCAACAGCUUGGAGCCGGUCUUAUUGAAGAAGUCAUCGAGGUGGCGGAAGGCGAGUUACAGUUGAUUGAAACCAUGGAAAAGGCCCAGGUCUGGGACAAUUUGGAGGAACAGCCAGUGCAAGGGCAAUGGACAUAUUUUGAAAGGCACUCAUCAUAAGAUUAAAAGCUAUAGUUUACUAUAGUUCUUAAUAAAUUAGAAUUGUAAUAUUAUAAAAUCAUUUACAAACUGCGAGUGAACAGC